GUCACGUUGAUGACUCAUGUUCAUCUUGGAGUCAACUAUGACUCCAAGAUCCCUUUCCACUGCUGUGCUGCUGAGAAGGUCAUCCCCCAGCCUGUAAGUGUGCUGGUGGUUCUGUUUGCCCAGGUGCAGCACUUUGCACUUGGCUUUGUUGAAUUGCAUCCUGUUUUGUUCUGCCCAUUGUUCCAACUUGUCCAGAUCCACCUGGAUCUGUUCCCUACCCUCUGGUGUGCUAACUUUGCCCCAUAAUUUGGUAUCAUCUGUGAACUUGGAUGGGGUGCUCUCCACACCCUCGUCCAAGUCACUGAUGAAGACAUUGAAUAGCACUGAUCCAAAAAUGGAGACUUGCAGGACUCCACUGCGCACAUCUUUCCAGGUUGAUAACAACCUGUCCACCACCACUCUGGGUGCGACCCCUAAGCCAAUUUGCCCCCCACCUGACCAUGUAAUCAUCUACAUCACAGCCUGUCAGUUUAUUUAUGAGAACGGAAUGUGAUACCGUAUCAAAGGCCUUUUUAAAGUUUAGGUAGGUAACAUGUACCUCGAUUCCUGCGUCUAAGCAUUUUGUGACCUGGUCAUAAAAAGAAACAAGGUUAGUCAGGCAGGAUCUACCUGCAAUGAAUCUGUGCCGAUUUCCUUUCAGCAUUAUUUUCCCUGCUGGGCUCCCACAAAUGUUAUCCUUAAUGAUUUUUUUCAGAGUUUUCCCAAGGAUAGAGGUGAGCCUAACCGGCCUAUAGUUUCCUGGUUCCUCCCUCCUCCCCUUCUUGAAAAUAGGGACCACAUUGGUCCUUUUCCAGUCCUCUGAGACCUGACUGGAGCACCCUGAGUGUUCGAACAGCCAUGCCAGUGGCUGUGCUAUGACACUGGUCAAUUCCUUCAGCACCCCUCGAUGAAGUUCAUCCGGGUCCGCUGACUUGAAUACAUCCAGCCUGUCUAAGUGCCCUUUCACUAAGUCUGUGCUAACAGUUGGUGGGCUGGUGUCCCUCCUGUGUCUAUCUAUGAUCCAAUUGGGAGAUUUGUCUUGGUCUGUGUCUAGGAAUACAGAUGCAAAGAACUCAUUGAAGAGCUCAACUUUGUCCCCCCUCUCUGUCACCAAUUGCCCUAGUUUGUCCUGUAGGGGUCCUAUGCUAUCCUGUGCCUUCCUUUUGCUCCCUAUAUACCUGAAGAAGGACUUUUUGUUGUCCUUAAUUUUUGUCGUCAUCCUAAACUCUAAUCCUGCUUUGGCCUUCCUAAAUGAUUCCCUGCAAGUGUGAGCCAGGGAGGUAUACUCUUCCUUGGUAGUUCCCCCCUGUUUUCACAGCCUGUAUACCUCCCUCUUUGCCCUUAGGCUUUCCUGGACUUCCUUGUUCAGCCAAGAGAGCGUCUUGGCCCCUUUGGCUCCUUUUAUGUGCAAUGAGAUUGUCUCCUGUGCCUGUAGGAUCGCUCCCUUGAGGAACAACCACCCUUCCUGGAUCCCCAUUUUGCCAAUGCUCUCGAGCUUUAACGCCUCACUAACUAAUCUCCUGAGCACACUGAAGUUAGCUUUUUUUGAAGUCUAGCACUUCAGCCCUGCUGGUUAGUUUACCCAACCUUUGCCGGAUAGUGAAUUCAAUCAAUCAAUGGUCACUAUUCCCUAGGUUACCUUGUACCUGCAGAUUCCCCACCAGGUCAUCUCCUGUAGCUAACACCAAGUCCCUAGUGGGAUUGUAUACCUCCUGCAUUAGGUGGAGGUCCUGUAUGCAGGUUAAGAACCUACGUGAGUGGUUAGAUUUGGCAGACUGCUCCUCCCAGCAGAUGUCAGGGUGGUUUAGGUCACCCAUGACUUCCAUAUCUCUCGACCGUAGGGCUCUGAGAGCUGUCUGGAGAAUUCCAGGUCUAGCUCAUUCUCCUGGUGUGGCGGUCUAUAGUAGACCCCCACUACCAAGUCCCUUUCCCCCUGACUCCCUGUAUCCUGACCCAUAGUACCUCGGUUUGGCCCUCCUCUGAUCCCAUCUUGAUUAUAGAGGGUGUAUAUUGUUCCUUAACAUAGACAGCAACAACCCUCCCCUUUACCCCCCACUUUAUUCCAUCUGUACAACCUGUAACCCUCAAUGCCUACUGCCCAAUUGUGAGUAGGGUCUCACCAGGUUUCAGUUAGUCCAACCAGGUUGAAGUUGUUGCUUGCAAGCAGGAGUGCAAGUUCCUUCUGCUUGUUCCUCAUGCUUCCAGCAUUAGUGUAGAGUCAUUUAAGCCCCGUGAUGGGUGUGGUACCCCCCUGUCCUGAUGUUUAUUGAGCCCCUUAGUGCUUACUUUAGUGCUUACCUGGACUGAUCCAGUGCAUUGCUCAUGGCUUGCUGAUCCUAGGUUCUCCUCAUCCUCUGCUUCCCUGUCCCCUGAUGCACCUAGUUUAAAGCCCUUCUGAGGAGAUCAGCCAACCUGUAAGAGAACAGACUCUUACCUUUAGAACAGAGAUGAAGACCAUUUUGUCCCAGGAUAACUCUCGUAUGGAAGUGCGGAUAGUGGUUGUAGAAGCUAAAACCCACAUGAUGGCACCAACUCUGGAGCCACAGGUUGACUUCCCUGAUGCAGGCGUCCUGAUGCUGAUGGCGACUGCUAACCGGAAGCAUGGAUGAGAAGACCACCUGUGCCCCCGACUUCCUAAGCCUGGCCCCCAGAGCUCUGUGGUCACUCAUGAUGCGGUCUGGACUACUCCUAGCCGCAUCAUUCGUGCCCAAUGGACGAGGACCAUGGGGUAGUAAUUGGAGAGCUGGAUGAGGUCGGGAAUCCUCGCCAUGUCCCAGAUCCUGGCUCUGGGGAGGCAGCAUUCAUCCCAUGCCAUGGGAUCUGGUUGACAGAUAGGCCCCUCCGUGCCUCUCAGGAGGGAGUCGCCGCCCACCAUGGGCAUCUACUCAAAGAACCUUGACUGCAUUUCACUUGAUUCUCAUUCACAGGUCCAGAUCAACAUUUUUAAACUUGGAUGUGUAAAGAAAAUGGGAGUUGAGUUUGCCCAGUGUCUCUGACAAUCAGAGCUGAAUCAGUGCCUACAUUUAAGCACUCAUCUUUCAGAAUGUUGGCCGUAGUCUAUAAGUAGAUGAUCAUCAGUCUUGCUCACAAAUAAGACUUUAAAAAGAAUCCAAUGCUUCUACAAAUAUGGCUAAAAGAUGGCUUUAUUUGUUCUCAGACUUUAAAUAUCAGCAACUAUGUACAAAUGGCUUUUACAUCAAAGCAUUCUGGAUAUUGACACAUAAGGCAUGCAAGCAUCUUAACAGGACUGCAAGGACAGUGGGAUAUUUUUAGGAGGUAUUGUCACGUUUGUGAUGCAAAAUGGGCUCCACACUGAGAUGGCAAAAUUUGUGAAUGAUGGUACAUAAAAGAUAGAGAAGUAUAUGUAAAAACUGAGAGAGAUAGUAAACCUUAGUGACCAUGAAGCAAGACUGCAUAUUAAAUUUGGUGUUGACAAAUACAAAAAUACAUAUUGGAAGAAAUAACUUAAACUGAAUGCCCAUUGCUGUGUUCUAAAUUAACUACUCAGGACAAAUAUUUGGGCUCACUGAAAGCCUAUGUUAAAAAUGCAAGGGGGGGUAUGUAAAAAACAAACUAACCCUUAGGAUAUGUGAGAAAUGGUAGAGAAAAUAGAAUGGAAAAUAUAAUUCCUUAAAAAUGCAUCUUCACUUGCAAUACUGUGUUAAAUUAUGAGAAUAAUAUAAAAUAUAAUGAACAGGUGUUCACAAAUGGAUGACCUAUGAAGGGCUUCCAUUUUUAGAAAGUGAUAGAUUGCUCAGAGGGGAGAAGAAGAAGAGACAUUACAGAAACAUAAAAAAGAAUUAAUUAUAAAAAGUAAAUUAGUAUUUCUGUUUAUCUUUCUCUUAGUAUAUGAACAGCAGCAUUUAAAGACAUUAUGUAAAUAAUUGAAGGAAAAUCCUUUUUACCUGCAUAUAACUUGUGGAACUCAUAAGUAGUUUAUGAUCAGAGAAUUGUUGAUUUACAAAUAUCUUCAAAAAUAUAUAUCAGGACAGUGGUACAAAACUUACAAACUACCUAAUAUACUUGUUUUUAUUAAAAAGUUAAUGGUUUGGUGUGUAACUAACUGAAAGUUUUUCAGAAGUGACUAUUAUAUCAGGGAAUUAUAGCCCCUAGUGCUGCACCAAAAUAAUGGCUUCACCUCUUUUUACUUGCCAGUGACUCACUUAUUGUCUGUGGUGUGAUGCUCUUGGGUUGGGCCUCACUUGUUUGCAAACAGGGGAAGGAAGCUAGAAUUUCUCACAAUCUUAUGAGUUCAUCUCCUGUUAUGAGCCCAAUCUUGUCUCGAGCCAAGCCCUUCAGGUAGCCUGGGGCCACAGGUAUCAUGAGACCCCAUAGAGCCCCUAAAGGUACCUGACCUCCAGUGACUGAAUGAUGGUCAGGGUUCUGCAGGAAGAGCCAUCAUCGAGCUGGUCUUCAAGCGUGGGUCCUUGGCUCUGCUGGGGGUGGGAUGUGAUGUGGGCCAAUGCCUGUGCCAGUGGUCCCCCCUUUCUGAGGCCGGUGGGGCCUUAUGCAGGAAGUUCCAGGUUGGGCCUGGAGUCCCAGGCCUCCGUGGAGCCCGGGUCCCUGUGGAGCCCAGCUUCUGGCUCUCAUUCUGGCCUGGGAAAUAGGUCUGUGGAGAGCACACUGCCUGCUAGCUGUCUGUCCCAUCAAGGAAGAGCGUGCUAUUAGCCCACGGAUUCGCCGCUUUUCUUGGGGCCGAGCGGGAGUAUGCUGCCUGUGGAGCACGCCGGCAGUCGUUGCGCUGACUGCUGAAGAUGAAGGAGAUGUUUAUUUCCAAAUUUGGAUCAGCUCCCAAGUUUUAUGUUCGUGCACCAGGACGAGUCAACUUAAUAGGAGAGCAUAUAGAUUACUGCGGGUAUGCAGUGUUACCUAUGGCUGUAGAACAAGAUAUACUUAUAAUGGUGGAACCUGUAAAAACUCAAGUUAUCCAACUGGCGAAUACAAACCCUUUGUACUUGGAUUUCAGUACUAGCGUUAAUAACAUUCAGAUUAACCAAACAAAACCUCUGUGGCACAACUACUUCUUAUGUGGAUUGAAAGGAAUUCAGGAACAUUUUGGUCUUAAUAACCCAACUGGAAUGAAUUGUCUGUUAGAUGGAACCAUCCCACCAAGUUCUGGUCUAUCUAGCUCCAGUGCCUUGGUGUGCUGUGCAGGACUCGUGACACUUACAGCUAAUGGAAAGAACCUUUCAAAGGUGGAACUUGCAGAAAUUUGCACCAAGAGUGAACGUUACAUUGGCACAGAAGGAGGAGGAAUGGAUCAGUCGAUAUCAUUUCUUGCAGAAGAAGGAACUGCCAAGCUGAUAGAAUUCAGUCCACUGAGGGCAACUGAUGUGAAGCUUCCAAGUGGAGCAGCCUUUGUUAUUGCUAACAGUUGUGUUGAAAUGAAUAAAGCAGCAACUUCUCAUUACAAUAUUAGGGUAAUGGAGUGUCGUCUGGCCACAAAGCUUCUCUCCAAGUCAAAAGGCCUGGCCUGGAAAAAAAUGCUGAAACUCCAAGAUGUGCAGGUUGAGCUAGGGUUUAGCCUGGAGGAAAUGCUGACCAUUGUCGAGGAGGUAUUUCAUCCUGAGCCUUACAGCAUACAGGAAAUUUGUAAAUGCCUGGGAAUUAGCUUGGAAGAACUACGCACUCAGAUCCUCAGUCAAAACACGCAAGAUGUCACCACCUUUAAAUUGUACCAGCGUGCUAAGCAUGUGUACAGCGAAGCUGCCAGAGUGCUGGAGUUUAAGAAGAUAUGUAGUGAGGCACCUGCCAAUGCAGUCCAGCUGCUGGGAGAAUUAAUGAACCAGAGUCAUAUCAGCUGCAGGGACAUGUAUGAAUGCAGCUGUCCUGAACUGGAUCAGCUGGUGGACAUCUGCCUGCAGUUUGGGGCCAUAGGGUCACGCCUGACUGGAGCAGGAUGGGGCGGCUGCACUGUGUCAAUGGUGCCUACUGACAAGCUGACUUCUUUCCUAAAAAAUGUGGAACAAGCUUAUUACAAAACUGAUGACCAAAGGUUAGCGCUGGAGAAUAAUAGCCUGUUUGCUACCAAGCCUGGAGGUGGAGCUUUGGUUUUACUCGAGGCCUAAAGAACAUAAAAAUUUGAAAGAAACUAUGUAGGGCAUUUGGGAACUGGCAGGACUUCCCAUGCCACAGUAAAUUAAUCCCUUUUCUGUUUUAGAUUAAAAUGAGCAGUUGCUAUUAUCAAGAUACAUUUCUAAAGAAACAAUUAAAAGAGCUGUCUUAGGCUUUACAAUGUAUUUUUCCAACCUAAAAAUCUCUCCCCAGCUAAUAGUAUCCUAAAUGCUUAUUUCUCUGUGGAUUGUAUCAUGUAUACAUUGAUUUGGUGAAACAUACCGAUUUGAAAAAUUGAAAUGAACAAGGCAGACAAUUAAAAUAAAGAUGCAUACUUUUCUUAA